AUGCCCGAUAGUACCCGGCCUGUUCCAGAAGGCAGCUCAACGUCAUCCACCUCGACUGCAACCCACAAGCGGAAUUCACCCCCCCCCCCCGGGACUGGGAAGGACGAACGAAGUCGGUACGCGUUAAAAGCGUGCGAGGAGUGCCGAUGGCGCCGUGCAAAGUGUGACGGCAAUAAGCCGUCGUGCUCGCGAUGUCUCGGUCGUCAGCUACAAUGUGUUUACACCGCGGAUGACGAUGGUCGGGGAACAACGCCCAAGUCCUAUGUCCGCCUGCUCCAAGCAUGGAUUAGUGUCUUCGAAUGGAUUCUUCAGCUGCAUUCUAUUGAUGUUGACGCUUCUGCUGCUUAUUUGCUAGAGCAGGAUCUGUGCACCGUGCUUGAGGGCACUCUAGCUCUGGAUGAAGAUCUAAACUUUGACCAAGAUGGCGAGGCGCGCUACUUCGGUACAAUCAGUGGUCGCCUCGCUUUCCAGAUAUUGAAAGAGACGCAGGAAUUUUCCUUGCCUGGACAUUAUUCUCAGGUUCUCAACCUCUAUACUCAGGCGGUCCAAGAUGAAAACCAAAUUCCAGAGGAGCUUGAAACCCAUCUUCUAGAUUUAUACUUUACCUGGGAGCAACCAUGGUGCCAGGUGGUGGAUGAGAGACUUUUCCGUGAGACCCCCAAGAAGCCGAGCUUCGACGACAGAUAUACUGGCCGCUUUUUUGUGAUGAUAAAUUGGCUGCGAUCUAUACGGGACGUGUUUGUACCAUGCUUGACUUUCAAGGAGUCGUAUGCAUGCCUUCUGUACCUGAUCCGAAUGAGCAUGGCGAGCGCUGCCCCUCGAGCUCAGUUAGCCGCACAUCCCUCGUCCGUUUACAAAUUGCCCUUGGCACACUCAGCCAGAUCCUUGAAAAAUCCUUCUCAGUCUGCCCCAAAGAGGCCUACCCACGACGGCCACAAGCGAACCCUUUUCGAUAGCUGCCUUCUCGCACUUAGAAACUGGUAUUACUCUCUACCUCCCGAACUUAAGCCCGUCGGAGCAGGAAAAGCAAACCAGUUUCCACAAGCGUAUACUUUGUGUAUGGUUUACCACACGGCUGUUAUUCUUCUCACAAAGCCAUAUCUGAAGGAUUCGGGCUCGCCAGCCCCGUCGAGGGCACAGCAGCUGCAGCAAGACCCUUCCACCCAGAAGCCAUGGACUCUUCACAUCGAGGCUGCGAAUAAUAUAUGCUCGCUUGGUGAACAGUGUCGUCAAGUUUUUGGCGGCUUCCGGAAAAGCCCCAUAGCCGCCACCCACUGCACCCUUUCGGCUGCUCUAGCAUUGCUUUACCCCCAGAGUCAAAGCCUACAGGACACAGGCCUUAAAAAUAUCGAUAUGGACAAGGUGAAGUCGUGCCUCAACACAUUACAGGAACUAUCCCAAUCAUAG